AUGAAGCCUCCAGUUGGCCUUGCCGAGGCUUUGCCUCAGUUUCCUUGCGUAUUGGACCCUGUCGCCCUUCGAGUCGAAGUGGUUGCUUGGUUCCAGCGGGUUCAAUGGGCGCACACCCAGCUGGUCCCCUAUAUGCGUGAUUACAAGUUGCUCAGCCACUACGCUGAUCGCACUCAUCAGGAUGAGCAUUUCAACUUGUUCUUGUUUGGCAUGCCCGUUGCCACCCGUGCGGCCAUGUUGAAAUCCCUACUCGAUACCUUCCAGCACGUUUAUACCCUCAACCAUCAUAUCCUCCCUUCGGAUGAUCCAUUGCCACGAUUGCUGCUGGAAUUUGGCAUGCCAAGAGUGCUUUACAACGCCUUGGAACAAUAUUACGAGCGCAAGAAGCCCUUGCCAAUCUCGAUGGGGGACACCUUGACCGGUCACGUGCCACCCGCCGUCGGCAACCUCAUGGAACUGGACGAUGAGGACGAAGUUGUAUCUGUGGCCUCGCCUCUGGAAAACUCAAUGACGGUGCCACCAGCCACUGUCUUACCAAAUGUUCCCACGCAGACUCCCAUUCGCAGCCCGGAGCUCUCUCCUAGUGAGAGGGAACUUGCCAUCGCCAUCACCACACUGGCCCCCGAGGGCAGCGAGGACGAGCCACCAACCAUCACCAAAAAAACAGCCCGCCAACUCCUCCAUCUCAUGCGUGGGAUUCUCGACCGUAGUUUGUCGCAACAAAGAUGGUUCGAUUCUCAGAAGAAGCAGGACCACAAACAGUUUUGCAAGGCGCUUCUGAACGAAACCCACAGGCAUCAACGUGAGGUGGACCUCAUCAUCAGGGCCCGACAUUACCAACUCAAGGAUCAAGGGAUUCAAUACUCCGAUGCCUGCAAUGAGAUCGACAAGUUACAAUCGGCGAUGGCUGAGUUAGCAGUAGAUCUAGGUGUGAAUGAUGAACCGGAUGCCUAG